AGGCCUAUAUAUUAUGUAUUUGGGUUUAUAUUAUCAAAAUAAUAAUAAACAUUAGAGUAAUAUAUCUUGACAUGUAUCUUUCUUUUAGACUUCUAUAAUGUGUACAUGACACCCAUAUAUUAUGUACUCCAGAAUGCAUCUAAAAACAACUGAAUUAAAGAAACCGAAAACAAACAAGAGAGACUAUCCCCGGAACCCCCAAGCAUUCUUGCCCCCAAAUUAUUUUGCCAACCCUCUGAACUCAAAUCCUGGGGGACACAUUGCCCAAGUAUCCCAGACCCAACACGCUAACAUGUCAUGGUAACAAUGCAAUUUUUGUUUUCUAAUCAAGAUUUACAAUUAUUUUACAAAUGACCAUUAAAAAUAAAAUGUCUUGCUCUUAAAAAUGUAUGUAUGGUAAUUGGCGUACUUGUACUACUUGUGAAAAGUAUCGUGAAUAAAUCAAACUGUGGACCAAAAACCGAAAAUCAAAUCGAAAAUGAAAAAACUGAACCGUCACAUCCCAACAUAAAAGUUGCCGUGGCUAUAUGGAAAAUAUGAUAGAAAGCAUUUACGGUUCCAUGGCCAAAUAGGACAGAUCAAGGCAGAUGACCAGGAGAUACAAAAACAAAAUAUACCUACCUCUUCUGUGCAAUCCAUGCUUUUCCAGAGAAAAAAAAGAAAAAGAAAACAAAAUACAGAAAACAAAAAAAAGCCGCAUCACCACGUCAAUUCUGGAACCUUGUUUGUUUAUUCUGCUGAGGAUGUUGGUUUUUAUAUUAAUGAAAAAUCAAAAUAUUUUUAUGAACAUUAAAUUUUAAGAUGGAAACAAUUUUUUAAGUUUUAUAAACUUUAAUUUUUACCAUUAAAGAUUCAUGGUGUAAAAUUGCCUGAUUUUCUGUUUGAUAUUUCAUAUGUUGCUGUUGUUGUUGCACCAGGACACUGAUCGGCUAGACGUUGACGCCGUCAAGCAGAAGACGUCGUUACGGAAGAAAGGUUCCCUCGCUCUGAGAAAGAAGCCGACCAGAUCAAGUAUGAAGCGCUGUGUUUCCGAGUCAGAAGAAUCACGUUUUGUAGAUUCUACAGAACCAAAACCUGUUUCCAAUGGGGUUCAAGAUGACGAAAAUGAUGAAAUGUUUAAGAAACCUCAGACGAAGUCCCCGGCUAGAAGUGCUGUUCCCAGUCUCAGUCAGAUAAACAAGCCAAGAGCGCCACCUGGUGCCUUCGUUCCCAGUCUCAACCAGAUCAACACAUCAAAGGUUUUAUCAGGAUCCUCCAAGAAGUCAGGUGGUGGUUCCAGUGUGAAGAAAGAGACGAGUCGUUUCACUGAUCACACAAACAACCACCUUGUCCAGGCCGAUGAUAACAACUCGCAAAGUGAGAACGAAAUGAAGGCCAAACUCAAACCGGUUGUCAGACAAUCCAGCAACGAUACUUCGAGUUCUUCCAAACCUAAACUUGUUUUUGAAUCCCAACAUAGUGGUAACGAAAAUAUUUUUCCCAAACUGAAACCAGUUUCCACUUCACAAAAACCAAAACCUAAUAACGCUUCCUCAAAUGGUACAAAACCAAAAGUGCAUCCCCGGACUGUGACAAAACGAGUUUCAAAGGACCAGAAAGAUUCUCAGAAUCAGUUCAGUGCGGGGAAAUGUCUUCCCUCUGACGCAUCGCUCGAUACCAAGUUCAAUGAACUGGCGACAAGAAUUGAACAGGUUGAAGAAUCAACACACAAUAAACCAGCAGUAGACCAGAGUCCCAGUGACAAGGCACUGACUGACGGCAUUCUCUCUCCCACUGCUUUCAAACAGAGGCACAAACCUCGCACCAGCUCAUCAAGUUCUGACGGAGCACGCUGUGAUGCUACAUCUUCUCACAAGGUCAGUGGAGAACAGAUUAAAACUGCGGGACGUAAGGUUUCCUUUGAUGAGUCCUCCUGUAAACCUCUACAACAAGCCGAGCUUGUCAGACCUUCACAGAAAGCAGAGAUUGUAAAACCUUCACAACAGUCCGAGGUUGUAAAACCUUCACAAGAGUCCAAGGUUGUAAAACCUUCACAGAAAGCUGAGGUUGUAAAACCAUCACAACAAGCUGACGUUGUAAAACCAUCACAACAAGCUGACGUUGUAAAACCAUCACAACAAGCUGACGUUGUAAAACCAUCACAACAAGCUAACAUUGUAAAACCAUCACAACAAGCUGACGUUGUAAAGCCUGCGUGGAAAGCGUCUCUCACAGAACACCAGCAGCGUGAGGUGAAGGGUGACGGUGUGGACAGACAGCCGGCGUGGGUGACACGGAAACUCAAGUGUACGGAUGACCUGAGCCGUAAGAUGCUGCAGGAGCAGGAGCCCGAGAAGCCAGCCUGGUUUAAAGCCGCCCAGGAAAAGAAACAGAGGGCUGCCGAGAUCGUCAUGGCUCAAGCACAGAAGAAACAAAAAACAGCUGAGCUUGUCAUUGCUCAAGAAAAUCGUAACCAGGAAAACAAGGCCAGGAAGAUAGAUGAAGAUGAAGAGAAGAAACCCUCACCGUGGCUUGGUGAGCGGCAGCUGCGGAAAACCCCCAGAACCAAGCCGCUGACGGAAAACCAAGACAACAACAGUGGUGAGAUGACCCCCCAGACCCCCCAGCCGUCUAACAAGAGGGUGAACAGCAGUACAGACAACACAACUCUCACACCGGACAACACACAUGACAGGUUGUCUCCCCUGAAAACAACGAAAACAGAGGACAGUACUUCCGCUACAAGUACAGUCAAAGAUGACUAUGCCCCGAGCUGGAUGCGAGGAAACAAGCUGAAGUCGGUGUCAACCCCAAACCUGCACCAUGUUCCCCGGGUGUCUGGUGAGUCGGGGGUUGGGGGGGAAAUACCCCAGUGGAAGAGAGAGCUCGUGAACAGGAAGAAGAUACGACGCGAGUCCGACGUGCAGACUGAUGCUAACAAGGAUGAGUCCACGGAAGACACGAGUCCUGGAGUUAUCUGGAAAUCGCAGCUCAAGAAGAAACGACUGCCGUCCACUUCAAAAGGUAUCACUGAAGUGGACAAAACUGUUUCCAAGGAGCCUGAAUGGAAACGAGCGGCAGAAGAGAAAAGAACAAGGUUUUUAAAAUCUGGGAUGAUUGAACAGAAAUAAGUCGACAAGAUGGUUCUACCGUCAGCAGUGUUGUCACAAUUCAUCUUCAACAUCAAGCUGUGAAUAGUCAGCUAUGGAUUACUUUUCUGUAACUGGCAGACGUUAGCUUCUGUUUACCGUCUCUUUUAUGAAUACACUUAUCACAGUUACUGAGAUUUAUACAUGUUUGGAUUUCAUUUAACCCUGGGAUCAAUCCUAAAUGAAACUAAACAUAUUGUUCUUGCUGGGCUCACACAGAAAUGAAUUUUGGUUUAUGCAGCUGUCAGAUAUGUAGAGUAUUUUCUUGAAAAUUAUUAAAAUGUAGUUACUUUAAGGAAUAUUUUAUUAGCCAAAAUUGUGCAGCCACGUUAUGUAAAAAUUAGCAAUUGGCUAAUUUAGCAAUGGACAGGCUGUCCUUUGUAAAAUGUAACUGGCUUUGUCAUAAAGCCUGUGAACAACCUAACUAUAUGUGGAACCUUGUGAAACACUGUUUAUAAUAUUCGUGAACAACCUGGCUACAUGGGAGCCAUGUAAAACACUGUGUUUAAUGUUUACUAUGUGUGGAUAUGAUUGAUGUCUUUAUGUCUAUUCUGUGAUCUCAUUUCUCGGGUUGGUGUCUUUUACUUUGAUCAGUGGAAAGUUUACCAUUCUCAGAACCUAUUUUAAAAAACAAACUCUUUAUUUAGCUAGAAUGUUUUAGAAAUAAUAAAAGAAAGAACAUUCAUGGUUGUGACAACUUCAGUAAUAUGCAUACCAAGUGAUUUAAAAUUACAUGAAUCUUGCUCACAGUUUGUUAACUGCAAAAAAGUUUUGUUGUUUUCCAGAGUAGAAAUACAUUAAAAAAAAAAUAGAUGUUAAACAUCAGAGGGGUAAUUAUUUUUGAAAUUCGUCUUAAGUUAAUUGAUUUUCUUCUGCAUAUUGUGUUGUGGCAUCAUCUUUAGCUUUUGCUUUUGCUAUAUUCAGGGCCAUAGCUAGCAGGGGGGGGGGGGGGGGGGCAAGGGAGGCAAUUGCCCCCUCCCCCCAGAAAAAAGUUUGGAAAGCAUUAUAGAAACUUAAAGAAAAUUUUCUUCUUAACCAUUUAAGGAGUUUUAGACUAUUAACUACUCGGUUGCCCCCCCAAACAAAAAAUUCUAGCUACGGUCGUGAUAUUUUGGUUUUAACAGUUCCGUUAUUCUGUCGAUGCUGGUAUUGUGAUUCGAUGGAAGUCUGACACUGUGACGACCUCCAUGUAUUUCCUUUCUGUCUCAUCAUCCAUGCAUUUAUAGUUUACUUCACACAUUCAGUCAUUGAAAGAGAAAUCACAGUUCAUGCAAAUAUUCUCACACAUUGGGAUAAUAGGACCAGUUUAUUUUAGUAUUCUAUUUUGGUACUUUUUAAAUGUUACUCGUUUUUGUUUUGUUGGUUUUUUCUGUUUCUGCUAUGCAUAUGUUUGUAUUUUAUUGUGGGACCAAAUUCUACACUUCUUUUAAUGCUUACCAUUACCUUAAAGGCUGGUGAUUUUUAUGACUGUUUAGAGGAAUAUAUUUUGUACAUUUUAUCUUCACUGCACUGUGGUAAAACAAAACAGGGUUAAGCCACACACAGUUUGAACGCAUUCAAUAGACUGGUUUAUGCACUUCAACUUAAACCAAACGACCACAAUUGGGACCAGUCAAGUAGUUUGUGAAUGUCAGUGUUUCAUGCUGUCACUGAACGCAGGUCUGCCUCACAGCGUUUAAGACCGUGUUCACAGUUCACAGGUAAUGUUUCUGUGUGAAUGUGUUUAAUAGUGGUUUCACUUGUAACUGCAUCAUUGCCAGUCAGAGAUUCUUCAUUUUCAGUCAGUGCCAUGUCCAGAAACUUAAACUGAGUGGAGACAAUCCUAAUAAUCAUUGCAUAAACCCAACAAGCAUUGUUAUAUACAAAACACCAUGUUGGUGAAAAGACACAAUAGAGAGAAAACGGACGUAACAAGCAUUGUUAUAUAUAUACAAAACACCAUGUUAGUUAAAGAAUAGAGAGAAAACGGAUGUAACAAGCAUUGUUAUAUAUAUACAAAACACCAUGUUAGUGAAAGAAUAGAGAGAAAACAGACGUAACAAGCAUUGUUAUAUACAAAACACCAUGUUUGUGAAAGAAUAGAGAGAAAACGGAUGUAACAAGCAUUGUUAUAUACAAAACACCAUGUUAGUGAAAAGACACAAUAGAAAGAAAAUGGACGUAACAAGCAUUGUUAUAUACAAAACACCAUGUUAGUGAAAGAAUAGAGAGAAAACGGAUGUAACAAGCAUUGUUAUAUACAAAACACCAUGUUAGUGAAAGAAUAGAGAGAAAACGGACGUAACAAGCAUUGUUAUAUACAAAACACCAUGUUAGUGAAAGAAUAGAGAGAAAAUGGACGUAACAAGCAUUGUUAUAUACAAAACACCAUGUUAGUGAAAGAAUAGAGAGAAAAUGGACGUAACAAGCAUUAUGUACAAAACAUCAUGUUAGUGAAAGACAGAAUAGAGAGAAAAUAGACCUAACAUAGUAACGAGCAUUAUGAACAAAACAUGUUAGUGAAAGACAGAAUAGAGAGAAAAUAGACCUAACAUAGUGACGAGCAUUAUGAACAAAACAUCAUGUUGGUGAAAGACAGAAUAGAGAGAAAAUAGACCUAACAUAGUAACGAGCAUU